UGUUCUCGCCUGCUUCAUUCGCCGUCGAACUCAGUAAGAAAAAGCAGCAGGAGGAGAAGAUUUGAAUCGAAAAGAGAGGAAGGAGAAAUGGGAGUGGUGGCUAGGAGAAGAGACGCGGAGGCGGAGCUGAACCUGCCGCCGGGAUUCCGCUUCCACCCGACGGACGAGGAGCUCGUCGUGCACUACCUCUGCCGGAAGACGGCGAGCCAGCGGCUGCCCGUGCCGAUCAUCGCCGAGGUCGAUCUCUACAAGUUCGACCCGUGGGAGCUUCCAGAGAAGGCGCUGUUCGGGCAGCGGGAGUGGUACUUCUUCACGCCUAGGGAUCGGAAGUACCCGAACGGGUCGCGGCCGAACCGGACCGCCGGGUGCGGGUACUGGAAGGCGACCGGCGCCGACAAGCCGGUGGCGACGCCCGGGAUCGGCAAGACGUUGGCCAUCAAGAAGGCGCUCGUGUUCUACCACGGCAAGGCGCCACGGGGCGUCAAGACGGAUUGGAUCAUGCACGAGUACCGUCUCGCCGACACAAAUCGCUCACCGGGAAAGAAGGGCGGCGUUGGCGGCGGCGGCCUUCGAUUGGACGAUUGGGUGCUGUGCCGGCUGUACAACAAGAAGAACAAGUGGGAAAAGAUGCAAAAGCCAAAAACCGAAGCCUCCAUGGAGUCGUCGGAGUUGGCCAACUCCGGCAGCCCCCUCACCCCCGAAUCCGUCAUCGAACAAGACGAAUUCUCGCCGGACCUCGACGAUCUGAUGCAAUAUGGCCCUUCUAAAUCCCACACGGGGUUCGAUCAUCAAUAUCUGGCGCCGGACGAGCAACAGAUCAAGGAGGAGAGGGACUGGAUGAUGGAGUUGAACCUGGAAAACUUGCAGAACCCAUUCGCCGGCAUUGAAUCCAUCAUCGACGGACUAAACCAGUCCGAUGGCUACUUCUCAUCGGCUUUUCCUCCAUUGUUUAAACCAAUGCCUCCGUUUUGAGUGAGAUGGGGCGAGAAGAACAGAGGACUCUGUUUUGCGUAUAGCUUAUUAGCAUAGCAACUCUGUUUUGUUUUGUGUAGCAUUAUAUUGAUUGGUUUUUUAUUUCUCA